GGUUACAGAAUGUGGUGUAACACAUUAUGAUCAAACAUUUAAUCGCAGUGUGAUCACCCUCUUCUGAUAGAGAUUUCUGCAGAGUAUUUGUUUUCUAACAUUAUAUUUAUAACACCUAACAUGUACAGGCAGCCCCAGAAAAUAAUACUCCAUUUCUGUCCCAGGUCUCAGCAGAUCAAUAGAACAAACUCAGGAUUUUCCAAAACAAUUGUACUACCAAGCAGAGUUGGUUCAAUUCAACAAGUUACUCAGUAUAACAGAUAUCUGGCUUUCUGAAACUGAAAAGCCAGGAUGUGCACAUAGUUACUUAUAAGUGAACUUUCUUCACUUAUAAGAAAGUACUUAUCCUUUCUUAUAAGUGAAAGGAUAAGAACGUUCACUUAUCCUGCUUUCUGAAACCGGGCCGGCCCAGGAGUUAAGAGAGAAAAGAAUCUCUACUUCCAUGUUAUUUGUGCUGAUGACUGGCUAAAAAGGAAAAGGUAAUCAUUGUAAGCCAAUCAGAGGCAGACUUGGAAAUAUGUUCAAACAGAUACAGGGAUUGUGCACAAACACAGCAGGAGGAAUCUGUGGUAUGAAGGUACAUUUGGUGCAAAACUAUUUGUGUAUUUUAACUGAGAAGUUGAUGUUGCAGAGAAAAAAUCCUAUAGGAGUUUGGGAAAUGUAGAUUUUUUGCAAAACAGCAGUUACACUCUUAAAAUUCUUAAUAAUAAGACAAAAUUGUAUUCCUUGAGUCACACUUUAAUAAACUCUUAGACUCACAGUUUUGCCCCUAAAUAUCCCCCAAAAAAGGGAAAAAAAGGUGAAAAACAAAUCUGUAUACUUGUGUCAGAAUAACUUUAUUUUCUUAUCACUCUGACACAAAACCUCUUUCCCCUUCUACAUUGUAAUGCCCAUUUUAUGCUUUUAUUCUGCCACUGUUUCAGCCAGCCAGCAGAAUGUGUCUAUGUAGAAACAUGUAGCUUGCAUGUCGAUUUCUUUUAAAUCACAUGGUUUCAAAGAAAAGAACAAUCUUUCUUUCACUUUUGGUUUCCUCUUUUUUUCACAAGCAGAGUUUUCAGCCAAUGAGAGACUGCAGGAGGAGUUUGUUAGGACAAGAGACAUUAUAAAUAAGAAUCUCUUUGGGGGGUUUCAAUCUAAAAGGAAAUCGGUACACCCAAUGCUGUGACAACAAAGAUUCACUAAACCAGUAAAACGGAAACAAGAUAUUGGCUGCAGCGUUCUUCUGCCUGUGUGCCACUUGCUGCUGGCUCAGAUUCCCCUAGAUCUGGUGCCAGUAACAAUUGGGUGCUAUGUCCGGGAUCCCAAGUGUCUUGCCAGGAGAGGUUGCUGUGAAGACGACGAGAUACGUUGUCUGAGUCUUCAAGGAAGGCUGCAUCGACUGUGUCAUCCAGAGAGCGAAAGCAACUAGUGAAACGUCAGCAUGGCUACCAACAAUCCACGGCGAGCACUCAUAUUCAAGAUACAGAAAAAACUUGGUACAUUGAGUACAGAGCAGCUGCAGACAGUUCUGUCUUCGACUGAUGAUGGAGGUGACAUUCAUGUUCAUGAUUUAAGUGAACCAGAACUGUAUGAUUUGAUUGUUGACUUUGUUAAAAGUGAGAAACUGAAAGCGUCGGAGGAUGAAGGCAUGGCUCAGCUCCUCCUUUUGGAUGAACAGAUUAGUAACCUGCUCGCCACUGAUGUCGGUGCAACUGGAGAUGACCCAACCACACUUUCAAGAACUGAUAUGUCAGCCAGUCAGACUGGUUGUCCUGCCUCACUUCAGCUGGGUCUCAUCAAUUCAGGCCUGCAGACAGCUACUCCAGCUACAGACAUUCCUGUGCAGCCAACAGAGACAGAAAGAGGCUCCACUGAUGAUAUACCACCGACAACAGGAGGCUCCACUGAUGAUAUACCACCGACAACAGGAGGCUCCACUGAUGAUAUACCACCGACAACAGGAGGCUCCACUGAUGACCAACCACCGACAGCAAGUGAAACUGUAAUGAAUAGCCGAGAUACUCAACAUGCAGAAAGGAGAGACAAAAAUGUACAAGAGGAAACUGAAAACAUUUCUGGAUCACCACCAAGCAAUGAAGUGACUCCUCCUCUUACACUUGUGUUAAUUGGGAACAAAAAUUCCAUUGACAUUGGAUCAAAAAAUAUCCUACUGGACCAUGACCAGGAGAUACAUGUGAAAGAGUCCAGACUGUAUGACCUUUUUGGUGACCAGAUCACUUUAAUUAACAUGCUUGGGUUUCCAAGUAUUGACACGAUUCCAGAGAUUCCACAAGAUUGUGCCUUUAUCUUGCUGGUAUCAAAUGACAGGCAUGAAAACCAGUAUACUUCUGGAAUGCAGUGGUUAGAAAAAACACUGGGAAAAGAGCACAGCUCUUAUGUGAUGACAGUUGUGACUCAUGAUGACUCAGAAGAAAUUAGUGAAAAUGAACUUCAGAAGCUGAAAGCAAAGAGCGUUUUUUCUGAAAAAAGAAAUCAUACAUGUACAAGAAGUAUGAAGGAUGAAAAUGAGAUAGUAGCUCUUUGGGAAAAAAUAAAUGACAUGGUCUCUGAAAAUAGACGGAUGAUGGGAGGAAACCAAGCCAACCCUGCUGAAACAUUAAAGACAGUCCCUGACCUUCCAGAAGGACGACCAACUCUGCAGCAAAUCAACAUUUCUGCAGUAACAAGACAAAGAAAGGACGGUGGACAUGAAUUAAAGCCUACUUGGAACACUUUCCAAGAGAACCAAAAGAAACACCAAACACAAACUGAAAAACUACUCAGAAGACUUCACCUCCAGGACCAACAUCAACACAUGCUGUCAUCAGAGGACUUUGUACAAAUAGGUCCACCUAUAAAAAAGACUAAUGAGAUCUUUGAGAGAGAUCUAGUUUGUGCUUUUCUUCAGAGGUUGAUGAUGUUAGAUUAUAGAGCCAGAUACAUCCCUGUACAGCAAGAAAGCGCUGAUGUGAACAAUUCACAGGCUGUUCAAGUGUCUGACAGUGCUGUUACAGAUGACGAUGACUUAGAUGCUCUUUUUACAACUAAUGUAGACAUAGAUCAGUCAAAAGAGAAUCAUGUGCACCCAAUGGAUGUUCAAAUGGCAGUAUUUCACUGUUCAGACAGCUUCUUUAAACAGAAAAUGAUCACAAAGUUGUCACAGUGUCAGUAUGCCUUACCACUGCUUGCUCCUGAUCCUCACACAACAAAUAUUGAGUGUCCUUUGUGGACGUUCAGACAAAUAACAAAAACAUGGAAAAUAAGCACAAACAAAGAAAAUGCAACCACUGUCACCAUGAAAAGCAUGCCAAUCUACAAAGCUGAGAUUCCCAUGGUUUCAUUUUUCAGACUGGGCUCCAUGUCUUUGUCCAAAUCUCAGCUGAUGAAUGCUUUGAUCAACAACCGCCAUGACACAUUCUUCCACAGAAACUGUGAAGGCAGCACCAAAUCUCGUCAUUUGAUGGAUGGUGUGGCAGAGAUUGCCUGGUACUGUCCUGCUGGAAAAGACAAUGAUUUCUUUACUGACUGCAUUGCCUUCUGUAAUCUUCAUGGGGAUUCUCUAGCAAUUGGAAAACAGCGUGAAAUCCUGACUGAAAUGUCAUCAGUCAUUGUUGUUCUUGUGCCAACUCUGGAAAAAAGCCAGGAAAGUACUGAAGUCAUUUCUAUGCUUUACAAGUCUUCAAAGCCUCUAAUCAUCCUCAAUGCAGAUAAUGACUGUAGUGCAGUUCGGGUGAAGCCUCAAAAAUACAAACUAGGGCUGAAAGAAAGAAGCCAGUCGGAUGUUUCUACAGAUCUGAAAAAGAUUAUAAAAACCCUUUUGUCUGAACCCCACACAUCCUUCCGGCUGGAAACUAUGGCCAAAGUCUCUGGGAUCAUAGUGGAUGAAGAUCAGAAAAUCUGCCAGAAUGGGAAAUCUGCUGCAAUGGAAAUAAUUGAAUUGAUUGAAAAGAUGAACGUUGCCAAAAUCAAAGAUAAAUUUCUUCCCUGCCAAGGUCAACUUUGGUCCAACUGGUGCAAAAUCAAUAAAGAGCUGCAUCAUCUAAAGGGAGACAUUGAGAAAGAAAAAGGUCAGAAGAGUCACCAGCUAAUGAAACUACGAAAGAAACAGUGUGAUGUGUCCGACAGUAAACUGAUGAGGUUGUUCACUCAGAGGCUCCAGAGUUUGCCACCAAAAGAAAGAGAAUAUUUCCUGACAUGGACUCAGAUCCUUAUAGAUGCCCUCUCCACAGAUGAUCUCUCUUCAAUUCUCCAAAACUAUGAUGAAACCUGGUCAGAAGUCUUGGUUUUGAAAAAGAAACAUGACAAAUCUGCUCAAUUAAAACACAAACAAACUGAGCUUGAACAGUUGUCAAAAAAGCUUCAAUCAGCAACCUUUGGUCUGGAACACAUCUUCAGAGAGAUGGGACAGAUCUAUGAAGCCCAUAAAUCUUUGAACAAACCAUCGCUGGGCCAACAGCCUGACUGGACUAAAUACCCUGAGCUGGCUGCAGAUCUGAUGAUAUCAGGACACCCGAUGGAGCUGAUGGAUGGGGAUGCAGGCCAUGUGCCUUUAAUAUGGAUCUCUAAUCUUUUACAGGAAGUCAUCAAGAAACUCGAUGACCGGAGAGUCUUUGUGCUGUCAGUUCUGGGUGUACAAAGUAGCGGAAAGUCAACAAUGCUGAAUGCCAUGUUUGGCCUGCAGUUUGCAGUCAGUGCUGGGAGGUGCACCAAGGGUGCCUACAUGCAACUGGUUAAGCUGUCAGAGGAAAACAAGGAUAAAUACCAGUUUGACUACAUUCUAGUUGUAGACACUGAAGGACUGCGAGCUCUUGAGUUAGCAGGGAAUGCUACCCGUCAUCAUGACAAUGAACUUGCAACAUUUGUUGUUGGUCUGGGAAACAUGACACUGAUCAACAUCUUUGGUGAGAAUCCAGCUGACAUGCAAGAUGUCCUACAAAUUGUUGUUCAGGCUUUCAUGAGGAUGAAGAAAGUCAAGCUUUCUCCAAGUUGUGUGUUUGUCCAUCAGAAUGUCACAGAUAUUACAGCAGCAGAGAAAAACAUGGACGGAAAGAGACGGCUGCAAGAAAAACUGGACAAGAUGGCUCAACUUGCUGCCAAAGAGGAAUUGUGUGAUGUUGAGUGCUUCAGUGAUGUCAUUGCAUUUGAUGUGCAAAAAGAUGUGAAAUACUUUGCUCAGCUAUGGGAGGGAAGUCCACCAAUGGCUCCUCCAAAUCCAGGUUAUAGUGAGAGUGUCCAAGAACUGAAGUCCAUCAUCUUGUCUAAAGCCAAACAGUCUACUGGAAUCACUCUGUCACAUUUCAGCACCAAAAUUCAGGACCUGUGGAACGCCUUGAUGAAUGAACACUUUGUUUUUAGUUUCAAAAAUACCCAGGAAAUUGCAGUUUAUAGAAAACUGGAGGUCCAAUAUGGGAACUGGACUUGGGUCCUGAGGAGUGAGAUGCUGAACAUUGAAAACCAACUUUAUCCCAGAAUUGAAAAAGGCCAACUGGACAAAGUUGAACUCAGUUAUCUUAAUAAAGAAAUGGCUAAAACAUAUGCAGAAGUAACAAAAAGUAUAUCAACUUACUUUGAAGAUGACAAAGACAAAGAGAUGUUGGUUCAAUGGCGGGGCCGAUUUGAGACCAAAAUCAAAGAGUUUCAUGAUGAUCUUGUGAGAGGAGUGAAAAGAAAACUGGAUGAAUUAAUCCAGCAAAAUAAUGCUAGGAAAAUGCUUGACAAGAAGAAGACAGAGUUUGAAAACAAGCUACUCCACAAGAGCAAAGAGCUUGCUCACCAGUUAAAAUGCAUUGAUGAUGAAGAGGAACUAAAAGCAGAUUUCAACACUGUUUGGAAUUACUGGGUUAAGGAAUUAACCUCAGAUACAAAACCCAUCGAGAACAUAAACUUGGAGGAAGAUCAGCAUCUUGUCCUUCUUGAGCUUGGUGUUGAACAUAAUCUCAUUGAUGAGUCAAAAAGAAGUAAGAGAUACAAAAAUCUGUCAGAACAUGGUGAUUAUUCUGAUUACAUAACCAUGAAGAAGAGCUUUGGAGGUGUCUGCAAAUUUGUUAAAAUGACUUUUGUUCCACAUGAAGAACAGGAACUGAUCAGAUCAUUCAUUAAUGAGGUUGAACAAAAAUGUCUUGCAGCUAUUAAGAGCAAACCUGUUGCAACAAGAGGCUUUACAUCAACUUACUUGAAGGAAGUGGCUCAAAAUAUAAAAUCUGAAAUACAAAAAUUGGGAUCUCAGAGAAACUAUGUAUUCAAGAAGGAGUUUACAGUUGACCUUUCACUGUAUGUGUUUGAUAGGGCAGAAGGUUGGCUCUUAAACUCCCACAAGAUCUACAGAGACAACAAUGAUGCUCUGACUUAUUUGGACAGCAAGAAAAAUGAGUAUUACAACAUUUUCAGAAGCUUCUGCAAAGGAAGUUCAUCUGCUGUGGUGUUUGGAGAAAUUAUGUGUGAAAAACUCAAAGUCUCUGCUAUUGAAGCCGUCUGCAACAAGACUGGAGUUGAUAUUGCUGGAGAGAUGAGGUCCAAUUUCCCAGGACUCAAUGAGAGCAGACUGAAUUUAGAGAAACAUGUGUUAGCAUCUCUGGCAGAGAAAGAAGACUUUAGCAGAUUCAUCAGCUACAUCAGAAAUCCAAGAGCUCAAGUAGAGGCUUUCAUCAAAGAAGAAGUAAAGAAAUACAUGUUCACGACACACAGCGAUCAAGUCCAGAUUAUUCUCAAGAAAAAUAUAGAAGAUAUCACCAGAGUCAUCAGUCAGGCUUUGUUUGAAGCAACAGAGAAAUUCAAACACAGAAAAGGAAACAUAGAAAAGUGGGUGGAGGAAUUUCCUAGUAAACUGAAGCCAAAUUUGACACUUGAUACCAUUAGUUGUCAAAACUUCAGUGACAUAAACAAUUUUGAAUUUCUUAAAGAAGAAAUAGAGAAAGGCCUGAAAAGCAUCACAACAGAGAUGAGCAAACUCUCCCUGGAAAAGAUGAAUGACUGCAGGCAGAAGCCUGAUCAGAUCCUGAUUGAUCAGCUGUGUAACUGCUGCUGGGAAAGGUGUCCAUUCUGUGCUGCUGUUUGCACAAACACUGUGAAGGACCACAGUCCUCAGGAACACAGCGUUCCUUUUCAUCGACCCUCUGGAGUCGAAGGUUGGCAUUACAGAGGAACAGUUGAUCUGGUCAAUGAUUUCUGUACCACGUUAGUUGCAAGUGACAGACACUUUCACCCAAAUCAGUCAAAUUGGACAGUUCCCUAUCGAAAGUACCCAACAGCAGGAGAAAAGUAUGCUUCAUGGAGCAUUACAGCUAAUGCCUCCAUGCUGGCCUACUGGAAAUGGUUCAUCUGCCACUUUCAAAAGGAAUUAGAAGACUACUAUCAUAUGAAAUUUCAGGGUCGCGGAGAAAUUCCUCCGGAUUGGAGAAACUUCAGUAAAAAGGAUGCUAUUGAAAGUCUGAAUGAAAUGUGUAGUUUGUGAAGAAACUGCAGGUUCAUAGAAACUAAUCAAAGUUGUGGAUUUGAGCAGUAAUUAUAAUGUUCAAGGCUCUUCAAAAUGAAUAAAUGAUCAUUUAUUACCUUUGGUUUGUACAUCCUGAAUGAGUUAAACUUGAAGGAUAACUCAAAUGGCUUUAAACAAACAGCUGUAUGUUUUACUUUAUAUUAUUUUUCAGUCUUAUUGUUUUUCUUUUUGUUAUUCUGAUUAUUUUUUGUCACCAAAAGGUGUUAUUUAGGAAAUAAGCAUUGAAAUAUCAAAUAUGACUCUUGAUUUGGGUUACAGUAUGUAAACAUCUUGCCUUUUGUAUCCAGAGGGAAUCAGUUUAUUAUGGUAUAUUUUCUCAUGUUUUAAAAUUUUAUACAUGUAUGGUAACAUUAAAAUCUUAAUCCAUAUAUUUUUUAAGCCCAAUUACAAUCAUAUUGAUCCAUUAGAUAAAUAUCUUAAAAUAAACCACAUGUGCAUUUCAUGAACUAGAUGUUUUUUGUAAAUGACUUUAAUGAAUUUAGAUUCACCCUGCCCCUAUUUUGUCAUUUAUGUUAAGUUAGUUAAACUAAUUUGUUAAGCAACUUAAUAUUCUUCCAUAUUUCUUUUUAGUUUUUUUUAUUUCUUUAGUAAUUCUGACUUAUUCCCUGUAAAUUAGAUUUUCUCUAAAUAAACUCCAGGUUUUGUAAUAGAGAAUGAUCAUGUAAAAAAUUUAAUGACUCGAAGUAAAUGAAAUAAGCAUAAUUCUUUGACAUAUCACAUCAUUUAUGAUAAAUAUAAGAUUUAACAGGACAAAUAACACAAAUGAUUCAGAGCAUUGUUUUACCAGUAAAUGUUUGACUUUAACUUGUAUUAAAUUCACUAAAAUGCU